AUGCUCGGCAAGAUCGCCCUCGAAGAAGCCUACGAGAUGACCGGCAUGGACGCCAAGUCCCGCCGCGAAGCAUCCCUCUACAUCAACCCGACCGACCGCGACCGCUACAUGCGCCAGAUCAGCGACCUCAACACCGAGCGCGUCCAGCUCGCCGACGACCACGGCAUCGGCUACACCAUCGUCUCCCUCACGGUCCCGGGGAUCCAGGGCAUCGCCGACCGCGCCGAGGCCGAGCGCCGCGCCACCGAGGUCAACGACUGGGCGUACGACCAGAUCAAGGCCCGCCCGGACAAGCUCGGCGCCUUCGCGUGCCUGUCGAUGCACGACCCCGCGCAGGCCGGCCGCGAGCUCACGCGCUGCGUCCGGGAGCUCGGCAUGCACGGCGCGCUGCUCUGCGACUUCCAGCACGCCGGGCCCGGCGGGGAGACGUACCUGUUCUACGACCAGCCCGAGUACGACGCCUUCUGGGAGGUCGUCACGGGGCUGGACGUGCCGGUGUACAUCCACCCGGCGGCGCCCGCCGACGUGGUGUACGAGAAGCUGUACGCGCAGCGCAAGUACCUCAUCGGCCCGCCGCUGUCGUUCGCCAACGGCGUGAACCUGCACCUGAUGGGCAUCAUCUCCAACGGGGUCUUCGACCGGUUCCCGGACCUGAAGAUCAUCGUCGGCCACCUGGGCGAGCACCUGGUGCCCGAGUUCUGGCGGAUUAACCACUGGUUCGAGGACGUCAAGAAGCCGAUUGCCAAGGACGAGGGGAACGAGGACGGGAUGUGCAAGAAAACCAUCAAGGAGUACUUCCAGAAGAACAUCUGGGUGACCACGAGCGGGUUCUUCUCCACGCGCACGCUCAAGUAUGUGGUGGACGAGAUCGGGGCCGACCGGGUUUUGUUCAGCGUCGAUUACCCGUACGAGACGAUCGAGAACUGCUCUGCGUGGUGGGAUGGGAAGGCCGAGGAGGUGAAGGAGGCGGUGGGUGGUGUUGAGAACUACCGCAAGAUUGGACGGGAUAAUGCCCGGCAGUUGCUUAAGCUUGGGAAGUUCCACGACUCGGAGGCUCCUGUUUCCUAA